AUGGCAAAGUACGGCUUCGAGCUUAACUACAAACCUGGGAAAGCGGCGGCGACGCUACACCUGGCAGGGCCAAACUUGAUGGAUGCAAAGCGGAAAUACAACAAAGAAGGAGGAGUCAAUAUCGACAUUGAAAGCAUAAACGAGUCAGCGACAGUGGUGGCAGCGCACAAACAUCUCGGAGUGGAGCUAACUGCGGACAACACAUGGCAGCCAGAGAUACAGAAGCGUGCUAUAUGCCACAAGCAGGAGAUGAAGAACCUGAAAACGAUAUGCACGAACCCGAAGACCACGGCGAAGGACAAACUAAAGUACACGAAGAGGGACUACGUGGACGCCAUGAUGCAGGAGAUCAGCAGAGCAGCAAACACGGAGGACGACUGCAGCAUGAUAGGCAUGGCCUGCACCCAGCUGAAGGAGGAGAUGGUUGCCAAGUGGAGAGACAACAUCGACACAGGCCACGCCGCGCUGCAGGGCAUCCCCAUGAUCCUCGAGAUCAUGACGCAUAUCACGAACACGCCCGAGGUCAAGGAUCUGAUGUCUUUCCAGGCGGAUUGUGUAGGGCUGCGGGGGGACCGGCAGGUGGUGCUGGCGGCCGUGCGGCGCUGGGGCGCCGCGCUGCAGUUCGCGGCGCCCGAGCUCCGGGCCGACCGGGAGGUCGCCCUUGCGGCGGUCGGGGUGGACGGGCUGUCGCUGCCGUACGUCGCGCCCGAGCUGCGCGGCGACCGCGAGGUGGUGCUCGCUGCCGUGCGCAGCUGCGGCUCCUCGCUCGCGCACGCCGACGCGCGCCUGCGCGCCGACCGCGGCGUGGCGCUCGCGGCCGUGGCGGCGCGCGGCCAGGCGCUGCGCCACGUGGCGCAGGAGCUGCAGUCCGACCGCGAGGUGGUGCUCGAGGCCUCCAGAACGUGGGGCUCCGCCCUGACGUGCGCCGCCGAGGCGCUCCGGGGCGACCCCGACUUCGUCUGCCGCGUGGUGAGGGUGCGGCUGGACGCCCUCAAGG